GAGCCGGGACAACACAUGAACAGUAGAGAGCUGUCAAGCUACGAGGAGGCAGCAGAGAGUCUUUUCUUGGAAUACAUUCUCCUCUUCAUCUCUGUAGCCCACACACACACACGCACACGCACACACACAAACACACACACACACACAUACGCACACAUACACACAAAACAAUUCCCAAACACUCAGACUGAAGUGUUUGUGUGAGAUCUGCUCUCAGAAGAAGCAGUAAAUAAUUUGAUGGAUCUGGACUUGCUCAAGGCGAACACGCGUGGACUGCUGAGAGUGUUUGGAUUUAGUAUCUCAGCGACUUGGACUUCACACCCUGAAAGCAUUCAGACUUUGGUUUUGUAGGGACACAUCUGAGGAGUUGGGGCUUGUUUUAAAAGAGUGAGACUUUGAAUCAGAGUGUGUGAUGGGGAUGAAGAGGUAUUGGCUGGUGACAGCGGUCCUGCUGGCCCACCUCGGAGUCACUCUGACGGGAGCUUGGAGAGCAUCUCAGCCAAGGCUACAGUUCACCUACUCUGAGCUCAUUCAGAAUGGCCGGCUGCUCACGCUGCCCCUGGUGGCCGGAGACCUGCACUCCCUUCUGGCCGAUGAAGACAAGAAGCGACUGUAUGUGGCCAUGAAAGAUAACCUUCUUUCUACAAGUCUGGAUGACAUAACGCAGAACCCUCGGAAGCUCUUCUGGCCAGCAAGUCCGGAUCGUGUCCAAGAAUGUCUCAUGGCUGGGAAGGAUUCAGAGCUGGAGUGUGCUAACUUCCUACGAGUUCUGCAGCCGUUCAAUCAGACCCACCUUUAUGUGUGCGGCACGGGGGCCUUCAACCCCCGCUGUGCUUUCAUAGCAUCCAGCAUAUUCCACCAGUCGGAGCAUCAGAUUCUCUCCUACAGCCUGACGGAGUGUGGGAAAGGAAAAUGCCCCUAUGACCCGUUCCAGAAAACAGCCUCAGCUGUUGUCGAUGGAGAGCUGUAUGCCGGCAUCACGUCAGACUUCAUGAGCCGAGACUCAGCUUUUUUUCGAAGCCUCGGCAGCCGACACGUCAUCCGUACAGAGCAAUACGAUUCCACCUGGCUGCAGGAUGCCCAGUUUCUGCGGGUAGCGCCACUGUCUGAAACUGAUAACCCAGAAGAUGAUAAAGUUUACGUGUUCUUCACUGAGCGUGCUCAGGAGGCAGAGGGGGCUGCUGGGAAGGUGCUCUACUCCAGAGUGGCACGUGUGUGCAAGAAUGACAUUGGUGGACAGAGGAGUUUAGUGAACAAGUGGAGCACUUUUCAGAAGGCACGCAUGGUGUGUUCAGUUCCAGGACCAGACGGCCUGCAGACACAUUUUGACCAGCUGCAGGAUAUCUUUAUUCUGCACGGAAAGGACAAGAAGAAUCCCCUCAUCUACGGCCUGUUUACAACCUCAAGCGAUAUUCUGAACGGCUCGGCGGUGUGCGUUUAUCGAAUGGAAGAUGUGGUUCGAGCUUUUAAGGGCAACUUUCUGCACAAAGAAGGGCCACUGUACAAGUGGGCAGAGUUUACAGGCAAGGUGCCAUAUCCACGGCCAGGAACUUGUCCCAGCAGCACUUAUGGAAGCUACAGCUCAACCAGAGAAUAUCCCGAUGAUGUUAUUUUCUUCAGCAGGACCCACCCGCUGCUGCAGGAACAUGUUUUGCCACUUGGAGAGCGCCCCCUCUUGGUCAGAGUGGGGGUCCAUUACAAGUUUAGCAAACUGCUGGUGGACAGAGUGGAGGCUGUUGACGGCACAUAUGAUGUCCUGUUCAUAGGCACAGACUCAGGACUUGUGCUGAAAGCCAUCCAACUGCUCAAAGAGCACGGCCAGAGUCAGGAGGUCACUCUGGAGCAGCUGCAGGUCUUUCAGCACAAGUCACCGGUGACAGCAAUGACUCUGUCAAAGAAAAAGUGGCUGUUUGUUGGCUCCAGAGAGGGUGUGUCCCAGCUGGCUCUGUAUCAGUGUGAGCUGUACGGUCAGGCCUGCGCCGAGUGUUGCUUGGCUCGGGAUCCCUACUGCACCUGGGACGGACACGCCUGCAGCCCCUACAUGCCGACUGUGCGCCGGAGAAACGCUCGUCACCUAGGGGAGGAUGAAGAUCCACUGACUCAGUGUGUCCGACAGGGAGCCGGGUUGCAGGUAGAAGCAGAGCAGAGGGUAAUGAUGGUUGCCGAGGGUAACAGCACCUACCUUGAGUGCCUGCCUCGAUCCAGACAUGCUGCUGUCACCUGGUACAAACAAGCUGGGGAGAAUAGUGCCGAGUUAAACCAGGUGACAACAGGGGACCAGAUGGUGGUGAUUGAGCGUGGCGUCCUGAUUCGACGAGCCGAGCUCUCUCACGGUGGCAUCUACCACUGUCAGGUGGAGGAGCACGGCUACCACUGGACUGCAGUAACCGUCCGCCUGGCUGUCUGGAGCCCCUCCGCCAAUCACAUCUUAGCAUCCAUGGCCGGCUCGUCUUACCAGAACACGGGAACCCAGCCGUGGUACGAGGAUGUGAUGGCGCUGAUUCACCCUGGAAACCUGGGUCAGCACUGCAGGGCCUUGGGAUACCGUCCACCCCGCAACCAGCGUCACCACACUGACUUCAUGGUGCCAACGCACAAGGAGAAAGUGAGGGGAGACAAGCCAAAGCACGGUGGAGGAAGAGGAGGAGGAGGAGGAGGAGGGGGAGGAGGGCGCACAGUGGGGAGGAAGAGCAGGAGCAAGCCGCAACAGAGGGCACCGAGGAGCGCCUAAAUGUACACAAACACACGCAACACUUAACUUAUGCUUAAACACACACACAUCUUAUGUACAGAGACUACAUCAAGCGCAUGCACUUAUAUACAAACAUGAAAAAAGCAUCUUUUCAUUUUAGCAGCAAAAUAAUUGUCUCAAGUUUGUACAGGAGGACUCGGACACCCGGGAGACGGUUUCUCUUGGAAAAAAAUAACUUUGUUAACAAAAUAGCAGAAGUAGAAUAUUUUAGGCUGUGUAGCAUGUUGAAUGAAGGACAAACGGCACCUCCACAUCAGUCAGUGUGACUCACUCUGUGUUGAGCCGGACUUUUGAGAGAGAAUUCUGCAAAGAGGGAACUCGCUGGUGGCUUUUACAGGUAAAAAACAGAUAAUGGUUUAUUUUGAGAUGUCGUGGUUGAAAUAAGCUUUUUUUCACUCUUUUUUCCUGUGAUGUGCUCAAAGUUCAAAGUUCAUUCUCAGAAAUCCACAAACUGGGAGGUCAAUGGCAUGAACGCUUUUUUUUUUGGACGAGCUUCAGUGUUGAAGUUGAAGCUAUUCAAAAAGCAAACAUGCAGUCUGUGCUGAAAUAACGUAGGCGUUUUUCAUUAGCUGUCAAAUAUCAGAUGUGCAACUAAGCAAAACAAUGUCAAUAAAUCUAUCAGGGGUGGAAUUAUUUUGAAAAUAAUCAGUAGCUGAUAUGAAACAUUCAAAUGCUACUUAUUAGCUAUCAGGGUGGUGGAUUAACACACCAGCUAUGAUUGAAGACCCCAUAGUUGAAUUUCCUCUUGAUGGUGACGUGAAGCACACGUGUUUCAGUGAGAGCUCUGUUAGUUUCUUUAGCUAGGUGGGGUUCGACCGCCAGAUGACUGACUUUAACCACAAAGAUGAAAGGCAAAAGAAAAUCGUAACAACAGCCUUUGAUGGGGUUGGUCCUCUGUGCUGAAGCCACAUGGACACAUCAUUGCGUUGUCUGUGUUCAGCUCUCAUGUUCACUCUCAAGAUGCUCUAAUUUUAUUCCAUGUGGGAACAAAAAGAGUAAAACACAAAAAAAAGCAUCCAUCCUGCUUCAAAUGUAGGUAUUUUUUUCAUGGAAUUUCAUCGUUGCCACAUUUUACAGAUGCAGGAGAUAUGCUAAAGUAAGUUUGGUUUAAGUUAUAAUUUAUUACUGUCUUGCCUUCCAUAAUUGGCUUCCUGAAUGGCCUCCGUUAGGAGAACUAGAGGUAAUAUCCUUCAGGACAGAUGAGCUAAUGGCUAGUCUGGGUGCAGCUUUCGCACAGUGUUGCUGUCCUUCACAACUAUUCAUGCAACCUUGUUUUACAUUUAAACCCCAAUUUCUUAUUUGUUAUGUUGACGUAUUUUCAUUUGUGCUGAUGUAAGUCUUAUUUCUAGUACACUGUAAAAAUAGAUUAAUUACCUUUGCUCGAAAAAGCAAGCUAAUCAAAAAAAUAAUUACACAAAAGUAAGCAAAUAUGGGUUGGAGCCACUCAUGCUAACAAAAUAACACGCACCAAAAUGCAAGGUGCUAUAACUUAAGCCGGGCGUACACUGUGCGACUUUUUGUGCCAAUUUUCCACUCGUGCAAGAAUCCACGAGAUCGGGGCGAGUUUUGCGCUGAGCGUCGAGUAGUGUACAGGGGGUUAUGAGAGGCAAUUAACACCACGUGACCGGCUACUGGUCAGCAAUCGUGAGCUCACACGGACUUCUGGCGUGUUUGAUAUUUUGCUCGUCCCUCGUGAGGGUAUCGCACUGUUGAAGCGGAGCUGCGAGCAGCUAUGACCCAAAAUGUACCAGAACCGCUCACGUCGCAUGCGCAAUCCUGCACCAACACCGCUCGCUCGCUAUUUCCCUAAUAACACACGUUGUUCGUUUUUAUUUCUACAUGUUUUUUUACUCACAAAGAUUGUCAAGAAAGCGUGUUUGUCGUGUUCAUGUCAAAUUAAACUGAUCACAAAACACAGAUUUACUUUCUUUAUUUCGUUUUCCUCAUCCAACCCCCAUAAAUCCCUGUGUGUCCUCCUGCAGCACUCCCGAAGGACAACAGGCAAGACAACAAAGUCUGACGUGUUGUGUAAAAACUGCUAUUUUUAGCACAUUUUUAGGGCCGACGUGUUGCUACCAGACGUACAGUGUGAGCAGUCAGGUUGAAUCCGAGAACUGGGUCGUACAGCGUGAGCACAUGACUCGUGAGAUCUGCCCUGCGAGGAAGUCGUACAGUUUGAGCUGAAGCUGAACGCUGCGAGUGAAAAGGUCGCACAGUGUACGCCCAGCUUAAGACAAACCAGUACAAAGUACUGAGAAAUUUGCUCACUGAACUAGUUUUUUUUUUGUUAGAUUUCUAUACUUAAGCAGUCGUAAACACACACUUUCUCCCAUUUACUUCUUUUUUUAUUCCAAUCGGUUUCCCAUGCUUUUUUCAAGUAAGUCUAACUAAUAAGAUUUUACAGUGUAGAAACAGUGUUUUGUGCUCUGUAUCUGUUGAAAAUAGAAAUAGUUUUAAUUUUGAUUGUGGAAGGUAAUUCAUCACACCCAACAUUGUAAAAUAUCACAACUCAUUUAAAAUAUUUUCUCCUUGUAGAUGAAAACGUGAUACAUCAUUUCAAAGAUCUCCGUAUGACUCGCAUGUUUGUCCAACUACGGACUAUUUCUGCCUUUGUGUGACGGCUGGUCAAAUCAUCUGACCACAAACUAUUAACCAGGCUCAGUGUGUGUUAAAGAAACUUUUAACAUGAAGAGACGGUGCUGGGCUCACUUCCUGUGAGAUUCAAAACAGCUUCGGUGACUUUACAGGACAGUAAAUGGUGAUUUUUUUUCUGUGUUAAAAUGUUUGAACAACACUGCUUCCUCCAGAUUUCUCUUUAUUUUGUCUGAUAUUUAUUUACUGUAACUCAGCUCACACAGCCAACACCUGUCCCAUAUGUGAUUCUCUUUGUUGGCCUGUUUUUGUGUGUAUAUUUGAUGUUUAGUUAUUAUUUGUUUCUGUUAAUGCACCUUCUCACUCCACAUUUAAAAUGUGUUUUUCUUUGAUUUGUUUCUUUAUUUGUCUCCCAGAAAAGUGGAUAGAAAACAAAAGCUUCAACCACAAACGUCCAACUCAACAUUACUGCCGUUUUUACAAAAAAUGUUUCAUUUUUAGACAUUUUAUCUUAUUUUUAGUCUAAAAAGAGAAAAAAAAUCUUAAGGAAAAUAGCAUAACUUCAAAUAAGGUAAACAUUUUUAAAUAUGAUCAAAAUUGUCUUGUUCUGAGUAAAUAAAAUCUGCCAAUGCGGUAAGCAAAAGUUGCUUGGCUAAACUCUUAAAACUUGCAAAUAAAUCAAAUUUAAGAAUAUUUACUUCAUUUUAAGAAAUGCUAUUUUUUUAGAGAAUGACUUUCUUUCUUUAUUUAUUUUUUUAAACUAAAACUGAGGUCUAAAAAUGGAAUAACACCCUUGUGUUCGGUAUUUAAUUUCAUCCAACUCAAUGAAGCUGAGCCUGCAUCUCAGCCUGUAAUACACCCCCAUCUAAAACCUGCAGGAUGCCAGAUCAUUUAGUCGUCUGGCUGUAUAUAUUUCUGCACAGUGUGUCUCUAUGUGUUUUAUGUGUGUUUGACAUUUGUGGGAUCUGGGUGAAAGAAGCUCAAACAGAAUUUCACAAGCUAAACCAGUAAAUUUGCUAAACUGGGACUUCAGCUUACGUCUGGACAGAAAUGUAAUGUGGUUUCAUGGUUUCAGCCUUCACCAGUGAUCAAGCACAGGUUUGAGAAUAUUCGGCGAUAAUGUUGUAAAAUACUAUCAGACCUUAUCAUCAUUGCUGAAUUGUUAUCACGGUGUUGUCUCCUAUUUGAGGCACACAAUAGUGACCUUUUCUGUUGAGAUUUUAACACUUCUGACUCUAACUUACUUUAUUAAAAUCUAGAGUUUUGUAGUCGUGGCUGUUCUGACUCGAAAUUUGAUGCCAUCUGCUGACACCAUAAGCACUUGUCUUGAUUUUAGGCCUAAAGAAACAGUUUUACAUGAUGUGGGCUUUUGUUGAGUCUUUAUGAGUAGUCAGUGUGUUACCUGCAGUAGACGCCAUUCAGGGGGAAAUUAGUUAGAAAAAAUUUUGGGUAAAUGAUGUAAACUGGUAGCUCAAAAUGAGGGUCGGUUGAAGAGCAGAUUUAAGGCAUAACAAUAGUGCUGAGAUCCUCCCCUCCGACAACGGCUUUAAAGAUAAUCUUAUCAGAUAUUCCUACCUUGUGUGGUGUGUUAAGAGUCCUCUGGUCUGCUCAGAAACAAGGAUAAUACGUUCAGGUUUUCAAAUGGUUUGAUGGUCUUGGUCCAAUUUUUGAGGACAAAUGAGCGUGCCACCUGUUGAAUGUCAUGUCUAGCCAACCUGAAAGCUAAGCGGACUGCAUGCUCCUCAUUCACCAUGUUUGUUUACUUCAAGGUCAAGUUUGAUCUUGCUAGAUUUUCCAUUCAUGUUUGAAAAUUUUUUGUGAGUAGUCUGUAUUUUUGCCACAUUGCCGCUCACCACACUGUUGUACCAGAACUGAAGUAUCCAUGACUUUUUGGCACGUGUGUGGUCUGUCAUGCUUUAAAAUCCUCCAACUACUUAAAAAUGCUGCCUUAUAAACUGAGCUCAAAUCAGCUAAAGUCUUAAAUAUUUAAAAUGUCCAGGUGAAUGCUGUUUGUAAACUUUUAUCCACUUUGCAUCAGAAAAUUCAUGACAAGCACUUGUUCUUUGUUUUGAGCAGAAUGCGUUUCAAAAUGUACGGUCUUAAGUAUUCAGACGCACUGUAAAAUCUGAUUAGUUGAGAUUACUUGAAGAAAGUAUUCAAAGCAAUUUAACUUAAAAUAUAAGUACAUGGGGUUAGGUAAUUCUGUGUUGGAGUUACUAAUACUUACAAAGUAACAUGCACUUAAAUACAAGUUAUGUUAACUAAGACAAACUAGUACCAAGUACUUGGAAAUUUGCUAACUGAACUAGUGUUUCUGAGUUGUGUUUUGUUCAUCGGUAAAAUCUCAGCGUAUUUUAAAUUACAUAGUACUAGUUUGUCUCAGUAAUAGUAACUUACAAUAAGUGGAUUUUACCAGUCGUGUGUACUUCUUAUUUUCAGUGUGCUAGCUGUCUGCUGCAGGUAAAACUUAUUUAAACUGGGCCAUCUUUUUCAAAAGUAAAAACAAGGACAAUGCAGUGCUAUCUGAAUAUUUACACCAACACCCCAAACCCAGAAAAGCUUAAUUAUUAUAAUAAUAAUAUAAAAAACUAUUAAAAUUUAAGGAGAAUUACAAAUAAAGUCACUCUAUUUGUGGGAACUUUGAGUUGCUUCUUCUUCCGACGGUUGACUCUAUUCAGAUGAAAAUCUAUCUACUCGUGAAACCAAAUAACAGAAAAGAAUUGUGCUUAGAGUGUGUGAUAUUGUGUGUGUAAAGUUUUGUAACACGGAUUUGUCUGAUGAACAACAUUCAUGUUAGAGCCUGCACGUCUACGACGGUACCGAACCGUCUAAACUUCCAGGGCUUCUCUUGAAGACUCGCUGCAGGGCCGCUCUUCAAUCAUUACAAGGACCUUUGUGUGUUUUUACUCCCUUAUGUUAUAUUUACAUGUCCGUGCCGGUGCUCGUCUCUUGGGAUUUUCCAGAACUGCUUCUCUGCAGUUGGAAUUGACCUGUCAUUGUGUAAAUUUAUCUCAUGAGUGGAGACUUUCCUUUUCUUUUUGUAUAUAUGUAUAAAGUUCUGCUUUCAACUGAGCAAAUGUGUGUUUUGUGGUUUAGUUCACCUUUAAGGAAUGUAUUUAUUUGCCUGAACUACUCACUGCUCUUGUUUGCUGUGGAAAAAAACUGACUUAUGCUGUCAAAUAAAACUAAUAAAACACA